AAAGUUUGCAUCAGCUAGUCCUUGGAAGGAAGAACAAGCAGACCGAGAUGUGUAGCUCUGUGACUGGUAAGCUGUGGUUCUUGACAGAUCGUCGCAUCCAAGAAGACUACCCACAGAAAGAGAUCCUAAGAGCUCUGAAGGCCAAAUGCUGUGAAGAGGAAUUGGACUUUAGGGCUGUAGUGAUGGACGAGGUGGUGCUGACAGUCGAGCAAGGAAAUCUGGGUCUGCGGAUCAAUGGAGAGCUGAUCUCUGCCUACCCACAGGUGGUGGUAGUGAGAGUUCCAACCCCAUGGGUGCAGAGCGACAGUGAUAUCACUGUUUUGCGCCACCUAGAGAAAAUGGGGUGCCGGCUGAUGAACCGGCCUCAAGCCAUCCUGAACUGUGUUGAUAAAUUCUGGACGUUUCAAGAGCUGGCUGGGCACGGUGUGCCUCUACCAGAUACUUUUUCUUACGGUGGCCACGAAAACUUUUCUAAAAUGAUUGAUGAAGCGGAAGUGCUGGAGUUCCCAAUGGUGGUGAAGAAUACACGGGGUCAUAGAGGCAAAGCUGUUUUCUUGGCACGAGAUAAACACCAUUUAGCUGAUCUAAGCCAUCUUAUUCGGCACGAAGCUCCAUAUUUGUUCCAGAAAUAUAUCAAAGAGUCUCAUGGAAGGGAUGUGAGAGUCAUUGUUGUGGGAGGCCGUGUAGUUGGCACCAUGCUACGCUGUUCGACAGAUGGAAGGAUGCAAAGCAACUGUUCCCUAGGUGGUGUGGGGAUGAUGUGCUCAUUGAGUGAACAAGGGAAGCAGCUAGAUAUCCAGGUGUCUAAUAUCCUGGGGAUGGAUGUGUGUGGCAUUGACCUGUUGAUGAAAGAUGACGGCUCCUUCUGUGUCUGCGAGGCCAAUGCAAAUGUAGGUUUCAUCGCCUUUGAUAAGGCUUGUAAUCUAGAUGUAGCUGGUAUCAUAGCAGACUAUGCUGCCUCCCUUCUGCCCGCUGGGCGGCUCACCCGGCGCAUGUCCCUGCUCUCUGUGGUGUCCACUGCCAGUGAGACCAGUGAGCCGGAGCUCGGUCCCCCUGCCAGCGCUGCUGUCGACAACAUGAGCGCCAGUUCCAGCUCUGUUGAUAGCGACCCUGAAAGCACCACCGAGCGAGAGCUGCUCACCAAGCUCCCAGGGGGGCUGUUCAACAUGAACCAGCUGCUAGCCAAUGAAAUCAAACUCCUGGUGGAGUGACUCCACUGGUAAAUAGUUAAACAACAAAACCCUUGUAAAACUGUCUCCCUGCAACCCAUCCCCUUCCCCUUAACCAACUUGCAAUGCUGUUCAUGGAGAAUGUUCAGAAGGUUGAGAUAAAGGUAUAGUAAGAUUGAUUAGAUGAAGGGAAAAUAGAUGAGACCCCUUAGUGUAAUACUUAACUGAUUCAUUUACAGAUCUCACAGAGAGGAAUACGAAGUGACACACAGAGAAAUGGCAGGCUCUCAUGUUAACCUUUUCAGUUACUAAAAGCCUGCUUAAGGCCAUGAGGAACAUGAGAAGUUUUUUUCCCUCUCCUCAUGGUUUCUUGCUUUUGUCUUUAUGUAGAGUGGUUUCGAUUCAAGAACUUGGUAGCAUGACUUCAGUUUCAAGAUUUGUAUAGAGAAAAACAUCCACUUAAAAUCCAGAAAUGUUUUAAAUAAUAAUCUGAAAAUUCUGCCCGUUUCUCUCAGCUAGCAUUUAGCACAUAGUUUAUGCACUCUAAGGGUCUCUGACUGGAAUUUAUAUUCAUGUUUGUCUUUGUUUUUUUUCCCCUUAAUUUGGGUGGGAGGGUAAUGUGACUAUAACCCAAUAAAGAUUUUUAAUAACAAAAAAAA